GUUCGUGUUUAUUUAUUUUCUUUAGAUUCGGCAAACCGGUAGUAAUAUUUAAUUGCAUUGCUGAUGCGGUUUCUUCUUCAAAAGAUAAAUGCGGUAAAUGAACACGGUCCGAAAACAAAAUGACAUCUUUGUUGAAGAUAAGUAAGUCUAUAUUCAUCUUUAUUGCACUUACUUUUGCUUCUAAAUGGGCAUACCUACAUUACUUUAACAAGAAGGAAAAGAAAAUAGCGCCAAAAGAAAUACACGAAGUUUUGAUGUUUUCUCAUGGACUCGGAGAGUUACAAAGAAGCAAAUAUUCAAGAUGCGUCGUUACACAGAGCAUGGAUCGAUUGUUAUAUUUUGUAAACUCCCCAAGAUACACAUUGGACAUAUGCAUGUACGUUUUGACUAAUCUGGAUUUGGCCCAGACAGUGUUAAAGCAGCAUUUGAAAGGAGUAAAAGUUCGUGUAAUAGUUGAUGCUGACAUGGCGUAUGCUUCUGGUUCUCACAUAAGAAAAUUGGAGAAACAAGGUAUUCCAGUCAGGUGGAUGAAAUCAACAAAUCUUAUGCACCAUAAGUUCUCAUUGAUAGAUGCGUCGGGCGAAAACCAAGCUGCUGUGCCGGUGGUGAUAAUGGGAUCUCUCAACUGGACCAAUCAAGCUUUGAGUGGCAACUGGGAAGAUGUUACAGUCACCUCACAAAGGGAAAUUGUUGACAAGUACAGACUGGAGUUUGAUCGACUUUGGGUUCUAUUUAAACCAAUAGUAGAUAAGUAUUAAUGUCCCAUGCACAAACACAUUGCUAGACCCCUGUGCGGAAAGAGAAGAGUCGUAGAAUGUAUGGGCUUCCCUACAUUUCAUGACUCUUCUCUAUCCGCACAGACUAUUGUGGAAUUGUAGUGCUGGCAGAAUAUAUUAAAUUAUAAGAAAAAAAUAGAAAUAUUAGAAGAACAAAGAAUAGAUCCAUAAUGUCAGUUUUUAAACACGUGACCCUGUGCGGCUCUCCAUAAGCAUGCAAGAAAUACCCUCUCACUUGUGCAGAUUAAUCCACAAGACUUGCACUCUCACUGUAGGUUAUGAUUCUAUUACUUAUUAAGUACCUACUAAAAUAGUUAUAAGUAAAUAAUAAUGUGUUCAAUGGGCAUUAAAUGUGUAUUAAAGUGAUAAUUAAUUAUUUUCUAAAAGGUGAUCAAUGAAACUCAACAUAUAAGUAUUAUUAUCUAGUAAAAUAAUUGUAAGUCAUGUUACAAAAUAAUAUAUGUAUUAUUGUGAUAAUUAGUUUCCUAUAAGCAAUUGUCCUUGCCUAUAAGGCCUGUUGUGGUUUAAGAAAAUCUAUUAUUUUUACUGUUGUACUUUUGUAAGUUGUACAGUGGUGUUCAAAAGUGCAUGGAUAGAUGUCGACCAUAAUGACUUAUCCUCCUAAGGCCCAGCCAUACAAAUGUAAAAUGCGAUAUUUGGCACAGAAAUUUGAACCUUUACUGUAAAAAAUAGAGUUGAUUUUGCGUUAUUCAAAAACUGAACGAAACAAAGAAAAAGCAACUCUGUUCCAAUCCAAUAUGAUUUAAAUUUUAUUGAGCUGAAUAAGUACUAUAGGUAGGACCUUGGGCCUUAGGAGGUUAAUAUAAUGGUUGAAACAUCUCCAUGCACUUUUGAAUGCCAGUGUACACCAAGUCCACUAAAGUAGUGUAGUAAAAUUUUGUGAGUGCAUUUACAUACAUACAUUUAUUACAUGAGCUUACUUAAUUUAUGUGAUAAUGCUGAUUAUCAUAGGGCAGAGGGCAUUUACAUUAAGCUCUCCGUGAUCUGCUCUCACAGAACACAUUAAUAAGGUAAGGUAACCUUAUUGUGUAUUCCAUGCCUGCUAUUAGUUUAUUAUAAAUGUGCUAUUAUGAUGUUCUAUGACCCCUGAGACUGUUGAAUUUUUUACUUAAUUUAGCUGUAGCUAAAAAAGGUACACCUAUUUCAUUAUGAUUUUUCCUUCAUAAUUAUGUCACAAAUAUGAGAGUCUGGCUAUAAUGCUCAGCAAAAUGUAUGGUACUAACCUACUAACAUUCUUAAUUUCCUUUUCUUUUGGGGUCAGACCCAUGUCCAUGGAAUAGCAGACAUAGUACCCAUUGGUAUCUACUAUCUGUACUGUAUCUGGCACUGGUACUAGUACCACUAAGUAAGUACUAUUAGUACCACGGCAAUGUUUCUGACGAAGUUAUCUGUCUAUCAGAGGAAAAUUUUAAAAGCAACAAUAUACUUAGUGAAUUACAUUACAUUGAAAUAGAA